AUGUUGUCAUUUUCCUCCUUCACCCAGCCGUCGACAGGCACUACGUUCACCACCAGGUUAAUCUCUAGCUCUCCCAUGCCUUCGACUUCCACCACGGUGAUUACAUCAGGCACCAGCUCACUCCUCGCCUCCAUCUCCUCCACUCUCCUCCCAAAUAUCACCUCCAGCACAUCCGCUACUGCAACCCCUACCCCCAACAGCCACAGCACCAACCACCACUUCGGCCCCGGCUCUCCUGAUACCCCCGACACGCGCCGCCAUACCAUCGUCACAGUGUCCCUGAUCAUCGGCCUCAUCGUCGUGUUCGGCUUGUGGUGUCUGAUCGUGGACUGCUGGCGCACCUCUAAGCGCGGUGAGGACGACAACUGGCUAUAUCAUCUGCGCCAGACGGUCACCAGCCCUGUGUUACGGCCUGUUACGAAUAGGGUUUCUAAGCCGAUUGGAAGUUACGGGUCAAAGACUGAAAGGGAAAAGAAGGGUGGGAGGAAAUGUAGAAAGGAAGUUUUCAUGCCGGAGCAUAAUGCGAAGAGGGCGUUUGAUGGCGAUAUGGCGAAGCCAGUGGAGCGGUCGGAUAGAGAGGUCGCUGCUGGGGCCGCGAACGGCAAGCAGCUCAUAGUGCAGCUGAACAAUAAUGAAGACGGUGAUGGUGCUGGCAUGAAUCCUCCGCGUCAGCCAGACACCGGCAUAGGCGACAAUUAG